CUCCAUCAUCAUCUUUGAAGUUUUGUCUUCGUGAAUUUCUUUGCAAAGACUGUGGUUGUGGAUAAAUUUUUCCGCCUCGCCCGUCAUCGAACGACAACUACAGCGACACAUAUUCGCCGAGUACCCCCUUACAUCCUCCAAUUCGAAUAUUAGGACAUAACUCAAAGUAAAAAUGGUGUCUUCGAUUCUCAAUGUCGCGCUGCGCGGUGUACAAGCGCUCUUUGGCAUCAUCGUACUCGGCCUCAGCGUAACGCUCAUCCGCGGCCAUCACUGGGGCAGUCUUCCUGCCGGCUUGGGCUAUGGUGCAUUUGUCGGCGGACUGUCCUUUGUAGCUGCAUUCAUAGGGUUGGCUGCAACAUGGUUCGACUUUCUGGGUGGCAUGGUUGGGCUUGUCAUCGACGGCGUCGUUGCGCUCCUGAACCUUGCUGGUGGUGUUCUCUAUGUUGUUAAGCUGGCAGGCGUAGACUGCGAACUGAGCGCCGAAGAUCCCGGCAACUUGAAAAAGAUGGCUGAAAACGAGUGGUUUAAUGGCGGUUGCCACGGUUCCGGAUUCUGCUGGAAUAACUACAAAUAUGGUAAAAACCUCUCAAAGGCGAUAGCUGUAUAUGAGGGCCAUUGCAAGGAAGCUAAAGCCGAUACCGUAUUUAUGUUCCUAACUGCUGUUGUCAUGAUUGUCUGCGCGUUGCUGGUUUGGUUAAGGAUGAGGAGAGGCUACUGAGGAAGAAGAAGUCAACAGUAAGAUACGCUCUCGAAACCUUCAUAACUGACUAGAUGUUUACUUAAGGAAGGUUAACCUUGUGGCGAUUAAUGUGCAAUCCAGCACCUAGUAUGAAAAUAUUAUAUACGCUGCGAAAUAGAGUUGGCAUUCUCGAAACUGGUUUUGUAAUGGUGGCCUUUUUUCAGUAUGCGAUACCCAGAUUUUCCUUCCAGUUGCUGUUUCCUUGUGGGUUACCUUUUUUCAG